AUGUGCUCAUUCAUCAUUCUGGAGAAGUUCUUUGGGUGCCACCAGCCAUCUACAAGAGCAGCUGCAUUAUCGAAUAAAUUCAGUAGUCGACUUUCAGAUGUCGAGUUCUUUCCAUUCGACGAUCAGCGGUGCAGCCUUACAUUUGGUAGUUGGACACUUAUACUGAUACAUCAAUGCAAUUGCAUUCAGUAUAAUCGGGAUGAGGUCAAAUUGGACUUUCUACAUGCGGAUCGAGUCGAUUUCUCUGAGUAUGCAACAUCUUCAAUUUGGGACAUGAUGGAUGCUCCAGCUGUACUUACAGAGGACAGAAGUCGGAUUGAAUUUCAAGUUAGAAUCAGGCGCAAAACAUUGUUUUACACUGUUGUUUUAAUUUUACCCACUGUUUUAAUGGCUUUCUUGAAUGUCACUGUGUUCUAUCUGCCUACUGCUUCAGGUGAAAAGAUGGGUUUGACCAUGAAUGUGCUGCUGUCUAUCGUUGUGUUCCUCCUGCUAGUGUCAAAGAUUUUGCCGCCAACAUCUUCGUCUAUUCCACUAGUUGCCAAGUACCUCCUGCUCACCUUUGUGCUCAACAUCAUCACAAUCCUGGUCACCGUGGUCAUUUGCAACAUCUACUUUCGAUCUCCCAUUACUCAUCGAUUACCGCCAUGGGUGCGAAUUGUCUUUCUCGAUUGGCUGCCUCUCUUGAUGUGCAUGCAGCGUCCUCGAAGAAAGAAUGUAUUGCAUCAGAGAAAGAAGAAACUACUGGAGUCGGUAUCCAGUCACCAGUUGACACCACAGAAUCAUCAUCCACAUUGCAAAGCUGCUGACAAUGCUAGGGAUGGAGCACCACUGAUCCGUAUUAGUCAACCAUCAUGCGAAGAGCUAGCGCCAGAUGCUCAAAGAGCCGUUGAUGCCAUUGAAUUCAUCACUGAGAAUAUGAAAGACGAUGAAACAACGAAACAGUAUCGAGACGACUGGAAAUUCGUGGCAAUGGUAGUGGAUCGCGUGCUGUUAUAUGGUUUCUUUGGAAUCACACUUGGUGGAACAAUAGGUAUUCUCUUCUCAGCUCCAACAGUCUUUGAACGAGUGGACGAGCACAAGCAUUUGCAAAAGUUGAUUCAACUCUACAAGCAGGGUCUUCCUUCUAAUGAUACGUUUAUUAUGCCCCCUUAUUGA